UUACCAAAAAGUUUCUGAGUUUUUCAUUAAAUAAUUUCAUAAUGUGGAAAUGAAUCCUCCAAAUUAAACGAAAGCAGGUAAAAUCGGGGAAGAAAAAACGAAGGGAGCACACGGUUUGUAGUUUUUACCGGAACCAAGUACGUGUGGGAAACAGCUAGACCGGAAACAAGAAACAAGUAGGCGCCCAUGGUGAUUGGCCCCCACUGAAAAUGCCCAUUUGACCCUUAUAAAUACCUCUAUCCUCAUUCCUCCAGUAUCCACAAUACCUUCUCAAUCUUCCCUAAAAUGUUCCAAAGCCUUUCCUCUUCCUUUGCCCUUUCCUCACCCCCAAUCCAUUUUCGCGCCGGAUCUGCUCCUUCAAUGUCUUGUAGCCGGAAUCCCUGCCACGCCUCCAUGCAAACCUUGGUGGAGGCCACCAGAAAGCCCUCCAGUCUCUACGAGGUGCUUAGGGUGAAGCAGACGGCGUCGCCCACGGAGAUCAAGACGGCGUACAGGAGCUUGGCCAAGAUGUACCACCCCGACGCGUCGCCGGUGGAUUCGGACGGGCGUAACUUCAUCCAGAUUCACAACGCCUAUGAGACGCUUUCCGAUCCAGCGGCGAGGGCCGUGUAUGAUCUGUCGUUAGGGUCGACGGGACGGCGGCCGUAUGCGUAUGCGUGUUCGUCCGGGGGGGUCCGGGGUCGGAGUGCGCACUAUUCGACCCGGAGAUGGGAAACUGAUCAGUGUUGGUAGGAUCCGAAAUGCAGUAUAUUUUGUUUUUAGUUUCUUAGAGAGCCACAUGCGUGUGGUUUAGGGGGCAGAGAAUUGUAAAAAUCCCACGGCCAUUUUUGUUGCCAGGAAAUGAGUAAAUAUCGUUCCUCCUCUUCAUCAA